CGCAACGGGUUUGCCGCCAGAACACAGGUGUCGUGAAAACCACUGCUCAUCCUAAAUCAAAAUGGGGAAGGAAAAGACUCAUAUCAACAUUGUUGUCAUCGGACACGUAGAUUCGGGCAAGUCUACCACUACUGGUCAUCUGAUCUACAAAUGUGGUGGGAUCGACAAAAGAACUAUCGAAAAAUUCGAGAAGGAGGCUGCUGAGAUGGGAAAAGGCUCCUUCAAGUAUGCCUGGGUCUUGGAUAAACUGAAAGCUGAACGUGAACGUGGUAUCACCAUUGAUAUCUCCCUGUGGAAAUUCGAGACCAGCAAGUAUUAUGUGACCAUCAUUGAUGCUCCAGGACACAGAGACUUUAUCAAAAACAUGAUUACAGGCACAUCCCAGGCUGACUGUGCUGUCCUCAUUGUUGCUGCUGGUGUUGGUGAAUUUGAAGCAGGUAUCUCCAAGAACGGGCAGACCCGUGAGCAUGCCCUUCUGGCUUACACACUGGGUGUUAAACAACUAAUUGUUGGUGUUAACAAAAUGGAUUCCACUGAGCCACCCUACAGCCAGAAGAGAUAUGAGGAAAUCGUUAAGGAAGUCAGCACCUACAUUAAGAAAAUUGGCUACAACCCCGACACAGUAGCCUUUGUGCCAAUUUCUGGUUGGAAUGGUGACAACAUGCUGGAGCCAAGUGCUAACAUGCCUUGGUUCAAGGGAUGGAAAGUCACCCGUAAAGAUGGGAAUGCCAGUGGAACCACACUGCUUGAAGCUCUGGAUUGUAUUCUGCCACCAACUCGUCCAACUGACAAGCCCUUGCGUCUGCCUCUCCAGGACGUCUACAAAAUUGGUGGUAUUGGUGGUAUUGGUACUGUCCCUGUGGGCCGAGUGGAGACUGGUGUUCUUAAGCCUGGCAUGGUGGUCACUUUUGCUCCAGUCAAUGUAACAACUGAAGUCAAGUCUGUUGAAAUGCACCAUGAAGCUUUGAGUGAGGCUCUUCCUGGGGACAAUGUGGGCUUCAAUGUCAAGAACGUAUCUGUCAAAGAUGUUCGUUGAGGCAAUGUGGCUGGUGACAGCAAAAAUGACCCACCAAUGGAAGCAGCUGGCUUCACAGCUCAGGUGAUUAUCCUGAACCAUCCAGGCCAAAUUAGUGCUGGAUAUGCACCUGUGCUGGAUUGUCACACAGCUCACAUUGCUUGCAAGUUUGCUGAGCUGAAGGAGAAGAUAGAUCGUCGUUCUGGAAAAAAGCUGGAAGAUGGUCCCAAGUUCUUAAAAUCUGGUGACGCUGCCAUUGUUGAUAUGGUUCCUGGCAAGCCUAUGUGUGUUGAGAGCUUCUCUGACUACCCUCCUCUGGGCCGUUUCGCUGUUCGUGACAUGAGACAGACGGUUGCUGUGGGUGUCAUCAAAGCAGUGGACAAGAAGGCAGCUGGAGCUGGCAAGGUCACCAAGUCUGCCCAGAAAGCUCAGAAGGCUAAAUGAAUAUUAUCCCCAAUACCUGCCACCCCAGUCUUAAUCAGUGGUGGAAGAACGGUCUCAGAACUGUUUGUGUCAAUUGGCCAUUUAAGUUUAAUAGUAAAAGACUGGUUAAUGAUAACAAUGCAUCGUAAAACCUUCAGAAGGAAAGGAGAA